UGUAGGUAGGGGCACACGCUUCAUAGAACAUGGCCCAUUUUAUCUCAGAUUGAGUCACACGUCUAUAUAAAGGGCUGAAGUAACUGCGGAGGUUAGUUGUUCAUUCAGUCAUAGCUGUAGAGAUUAUAUUGCACAUUCACAAGGAUAUUGUGGCCAGGGGAAUGGGAAUAAAGAUGCUUUUGCUGUUCUGUGUAUUGGCAUUCACUGGCCAAGGGCAAGCGAUUCCUGAAACUGAUGUACAACGUUCAGGUGUCAGUGAAGCUACAGGUACAGUGGAGGACCCAGGGAGAGUUGAAGACCAGAUCAACCCCCACAGACACCAUGACAGACUGUGUGACUGGAGGAGGAGAGAGGGUUUGAGUGGAGGCUGCCUCUGCCAGGAGUCUGCCAAAUCCUACCGCAAGCCCAGGAAGGCCUUUGUGGCAAUGUGCCGAAGGAAAGGAUUCCAGAAUCAGUGGAAAUGCCAGAAGAUCAUGGAAAGGGUAGAAAGGUCAAAGGGUGACUUAGGCAAAAACUUCAUGAGUAUUCCAAUUUAAAGAGUUGACAUUUAAUAACUUCUUUAUAAACCUUGUGACCAUGUUUUGUAAUCUCAUGUUGCUCGCUCAAGAACCAUGACUCGUUUUUUUUUAUAAAAAAAUAUUAUAUAAUUAUACUCCUUUGAAAUACACAUUUUUAUAACAAGUUUCACUAUGUGUGUGGAUUAAUUUCCAGUGUAUUAUUUUAUCAUUUUAUCAUUAGAUUUAAUAUUUCCUUUUGCGUGUUUUGUGCCACUCGAAAUCCCCCUGUUACUGCUUCAUUAAAUCAAACAUUUCUUCACAGCGAUUUUGCCGAUAAAGAAAUCACCCAAGAUUGCACCAUUCAGUAGGACAUGGGUGAAAGACAAAGAUUAAUUUAAGACAAUAAUUAAUGAAGAGGAAAAAUAAACAUAAGACACAACCCUUGUUUUACAUAAACGCCAGCUAAAUGUAUUAUCGUUUUGAAACAUUUUACCUUUAAGGUAUUUAUAAGGUAAAUAAACCUGAAUUUGUACUUGAA